UCUUUUCCCGGGUGGCGGCGGCCAUGGCGGACGGUCAGGUGCUGGUGAUCGACGGGCGGGGUCAUCUGCUGGGCCGCUUGGCGGCCAUCGUGGCCAAGCAAGUCCUCCUGGGCCGCAAGGUGGUGGUGGUCCGCUGCGAGGGCAUCAACAUUUCCGGCAAUUUUUACAGGAAUAAAUUGAAGUACCUGGCCUUCCUCCGGAAGCGAAUGAACACUAAUCCUUCUCGAGGUCCCUACCACUUCAGAGCCCCCAGCCGCAUUUUCUGGAGGACUGUGAGAGGGAUGCUUCCCCAUAAGACCAAGCGAGGGCAGGCUGCCCUGGAGCGCCUCAAGGUGUUUGAUGGCAUCCCUCCCCCCUAUGACAAGCGGAAGCGCAUGGUUGUCCCAGCUGCUCUCAAAGUUGUCCGACUGAAGCCAACUAGAAAGUUUGCCUAUCUGGGGCGCCUAGCUCAUGAGGUUGGCUGGAAGUAUCAGGCAGUGACUGCUACAUUGGAAGAAAAGAGGAAGGAGAAAGCCAAGAUUCACUAUAGAAAGAAGAAGAAGCUCACGAAACUACGCAAGCAAGCAGAGAAGAAUGUGGAAGGCAAAAUCCACAAAUAUACAAAAGUGCUGAAGAAGCACGGGCUGCUGGUGUGAGUCCAAUAAAGUCUAUGCUCUCCUGGC